AUGAGCGGACGUCCUAGAACUACCUCCUUCGCCGAGGGCAACAAACAACCUCUGAAUCCACCUCUAGGAGGCAUGAAAAUCAGCAUUGGCUGUGGGGCGAUCACGAUCGAUGUCAUUUCCAACGAGGAUUUCUCCAAACUUUCGCCCAGUGACGAAUUCUCUUGCACUUGGUGCACUCUCGCCUCUACUCUCACACUUGCUUGUCAAAGUCAGUCACUCUGGCCCUGUGGAGGUGCACCCAUAGGUGCACCUGCCUCUGGGGCAAGUGGGACAGAGUCCGAGGAGUCAGCAGAGGCGCCACCGACGCCUACGAUGCCAUCGUCCAUAUGA